GGCAACAUGAUGCUGCUGGACGACGGCCGCCUGGGGCUGAUCGAUUUCGGGCUAAUGGCCCAGAUGACGCCCGUACAUCAGGAGAGGCCGAGAUUGACGAGGAUGAGAACAACCUCAGCACCCCCCGCGGUGAUCCAAGCUCUUGCGAGGAGAGCAUGGCCUCCGCCAUCCUCAACCUGCUGUCCGGCGACUAUCGGGCGCUCGAGCGCUGCUUCGAGGGAAUGGGGAUUCUGAACACGGACGUGGAUGACGUCCGCCGCCCUGGCACCGAGGCGCCCUUCGCAGAGGCGUUGGAG